UUGAGGAAGGAGGCUUCAUCUUCCUCGGUUGAACCCCGGGGCUGGCUGCCCUAAUAACUGCGUAGGUCCCUGGCAGCCCAUUCAAUGCUUACAGCCCCGGAUUUGUCUGGGACCGAUUUUAGACUAUCCAACCAGGAGCCAGGCCUGCAGUUUGAGCAAGCUAGCUCUGAGUGAAGCUCAAAAGAGUUCCGUUUAGCCCGGCUGCUCCACAAAACGCCUGCCCGCCUAGCUAACCCCAGCCAGACGAUCUGAAGGAGCAGGGAGAGUACAGCCCACUGGCUGGCAGCGUAGAGCCGCCAGCAGCAGAGUUGCUGGCCCCUCUCCGAUCCCUCCCUCCUCUCUUCAGUGUAGCUACUUUUAAUUAAAACAAAAACAAAAAACUGGUCUUGCUUAAGGUUGGGAGAGGGGAAGACUUCAUUUUAAAGGUGGUUUCAUCUUAAGGCCUGUAUGAAAUGGCGAGAGGUUCACGAUUCUCUUUCCUCCCGGUGUAUCUCUUCAACUACUUCCUCUCCUGCGGUUUUUUAUUUUUGCAAGACGCGGGUCAUUCUGGGCCUUUUGACUAUUGUGGGAAAAUAAUGUCUUUUACGGGUUUCAUUAAAAAAAAUGCUGCCAAGGCCUCCUGAAUUUGACAAAGACCAUUUCUCAAAGGGGCUCUGGGAUUUUGUUUUCUGUUUUGUUUUGGGUUCCUACCCGAUGGCUUCCAAAAAUACCGACGCCUUAUCUUUAUUGGCUCUUCCAGGAGUUCAGACAAAUUUGACGGACAGCUCUCUUAUCGCCCAGAGCCUGAGCAGGGGAGAUGCGGGGGGCCUUGCCGCCUCCUCCCUGUCUGAAGCGGGUAUUUCGCAAGCGGUGAAUAGAACCUCGCGCCGGCACGGGACCCCGGGCGCACCAUGGCGGAUGCAGAUGAGGGCUUCGGGCUUGCGCACACGCCUCUGGAGCCUGACUCCAAAGACAGGUCCUGUGAUUCAAAACCCGAGAAUGCCCUGGGGGCUCCCAGCAAGUCUCCGUCAUCUCCGCAGGCCGCCUUCACCCAGCAGGGCAUGGAAGGAAUCAAGGUGUUUCUUCAUGAAAGAGAAUUGUGGCUGAAGUUCCAUGAAGUGGGCACAGAGAUGAUCAUCACAAAGGCGGGGAGGCGGAUGUUUCCUAGUUACAAAGUGAAGGUGACUGGCCUGAAUCCCAAAACGAAGUACAUUCUUCUCAUGGAUAUUGUUCCUGCAGAUGACCACAGAUACAAAUUUGCAGAUAAUAAAUGGUCUGUUACCGGCAAAGCUGAACCCGCCAUGCCAGGUCGCCUUUAUGUGCACCCGGACUCCCCGGCAACCGGAGCACACUGGAUGCGACAACUUGUCUCCUUCCAGAAACUGAAGCUCACCAACAACCACCUGGACCCAUUUGGGCACAUUAUCCUGAACUCCAUGCACAAAUACCAGCCCCGAUUACACAUCGUGAAAGCAGACGAAAAUAAUGGAUUUGGUUCAAAGAAUACUGCGUUCUGCACCCACGUCUUUCCGGAGACCGCGUUUAUCGCAGUGACUUCGUACCAGAAUCACAAGAUUACACAGCUGAAAAUUGAGAAUAACCCCUUCGCCAAAGGCUUUCGGGGCAGUGAUGACAUGGAACUGCACAGGAUGUCAAGGAUGCAAAGUAAAGAGUAUCCUGUGGUUCCCAGGAGCACAGUGAGGCACAAAGUGGCCUCCAACCACAGUCCGUUCAGCAGUGAGACCCGAGCUCUCUCCACCUCAUCCAAUUUAGGGUCCCAGUACCAGUGUGAGAAUGGUGUCUCCGGCCCCUCCCAGGACCUUUUGCCCCCGCCCAACCCAUACCCACUGGCCCAGGAGCACAGCCAGAUUUACCACUGUACCAAGAGGAAAGAUGAAGAAUGCUCCAGCACCGAGCACCCCUAUAAAAAGCCAUACAUGGAGACAUCCCCCAGUGAGGAGGAUGCCUUCUACCGCCCGGGCUACCCCCAGCAGCAGGGCCUGAGUGCCACUUACAGGACAGAGUCCGCCCAGCGGCAGGCCUGCAUGUAUGCCAGCUCGGCACCUCCCAGCGAGCCUGUGCCCAGCCUGGAGGACAUCAGCUGUAACACAUGGCCCAGCAUGCCCCCCUACAGCAGUUGCACGGUCACCACAGUGCAGCCCAUGGACCGUCUACCCUACCAGCACUUCUCUGCUCAUUUCUCUUCGGGGCCCUUGGUCCCCCGGCUAGCUGGCAUGGCCAACCAUGGGUCUCCUCAGCUUGGUGAGGGAAUGUUCCAGCACCAGACAUCAGUGGCCCAUCAGCCUGUGGUCAGGCAAUGCGGGCCUCAGACUGGCCUUCAGUCUCCAGGUGGCCUCCAGCCCCCCGAGUUCCUCUACUCUCAUGGCGUGCCCAGGACCCUGUCCCCACACCAGUAUCACUCAGUACACGGUGUUGGCAUGGUGCCAGAGUGGAGUGAGAAUAGUUAAAGGCAGACUUUUGCCAGGGAGAGCGGGGCAGGAGAAAGAGAGAGAGAGAGAUGAGGGACAGUAGCGAUGAGAACCCCACAGAUGAGAAACUCAUGCCACCUAUCGUCACCUCUGGACCUGAAGCUCCCACAGCCACUGAUCCGAUCAGUGAAGUCGCCAUUCUGAAACUGUGGCUCUGUUGUUUUGUUUCAAAACCUACAAAACAGGAAAAGAGACGAGUCCUACCCCCACAACACCCACUGUCAUCAACCAGGCGCACUCACAGCACCCCAGACCUGCUCCCCGAUUGUUUCUUUUGGGUUCUAGAACAUACUGCCUCAUUGAGUGUUUGACCCCGGUGCACGCUGAGAGACAUUCUCUGUCUUGGUGUUAAUGUUGACUUUGUUAUAUAAUAAAUAAUAAUAUAUUUUUUUUCUUUGAAUUUUCUUACUGGGACCCAGUCCCUUAAUGGAGGGAGAGCAGAGACAAGUAUGUCUCAAAACAAGUACUUUUGGGGCUUCCCUUCAAUAAAUGAGCUAAAAUGUACAUCCAACACCCUCCUCUAACAAAAAUGCCUACCUCCGUCACGUGAGAAGUCUACGAAGGUCCCAGAGGUACCUGCUAGGUUUUUGGAUUGAGUUUUGCUUUUUUUUUCUUUUGGUUUUGAUCCGCCCUCCCCAGCUUCAUGGCAUUCAAAGUUGCCUUCUACUGAGUGGAUGGAGUUAGGAUAUCGGACUCCACCUGCCACGUCGUCUUCUUAGCACAAUUUCUCCAGGUCUCCCCAGCCAUCUAUGGUUAGAACGGGGCCUAUCGCUUCUCAGCCGGAAACCUUGCUUCAACGAACUGAAAGAGCCCUGGGUGACACAGGGGAACAGAACUGUGAUCCAGAGAAGGGGACAAGCUCCCCACUUCCAAGUUGUAGGGGAGGAAAAAGAAAAGCAAGAAUAGAUAUACUUCGUGAUUAAAAAGCAAAGCAAAGAAGACAGCCAGGAAGUCAGCCCCAGGCUGGCUCAAACCCUCUCUGUGACCCGAUCAUCGGGAUGCACAGUGAAACAGCUCCAGGUGCUGAAGGAGAGGAAGCCAUAUUACCGGUGCCUCCGCCUGCAAGAAGUCGCCCCAGCGCCAAUCACCUGGGACACAAAACCACACGCAUCAAAAGCAGAAAAGCAGUAUUAAAAACAAAAAGUGUGUAAGUACUACAUUAUUGUAGGGUUUCUCAGAUGUAAUAUUUUACUGGUACUAUUUAUUUAUAAAUAGGAAUUCUAAUUAAGUAGUAACAUGAAACCCAGCCUGGGGGCUGACCAAGACCUUUUAAUUUUAUUGGAACUCAAAACUGCGUUUAUGUCCCUGCCCCCUCUUGCUUUUGAAUGUGCUUUCCUUUCUUGGUCUUUAAAAAAGAAUAUUGUGUCUCUUUUCUUCCUUUUUUUUUAAACUGGCCCUAAUAAACAGAACAGGGUAAUAUGUGUGGGUGAAGAUGUGGAAUUCUGUGAGCGAGUGAGUGUGUUUGCAAGUGAGUGUCCUAUGCGAUUUUUGUCUUUUUUGUGUCUCUAAUGGGGUGGGUGGGUGAGAAUCAAGUACUCGUUUCUUACAUUUGUGUGCCCAUUAAUGCCUAAUAAAUACCAUGUGCUUAAGAGUA